UUGUGUACAAAGUGGCCAUAUUGGAUUUUCACCUGAAAAAUUGCACGAAAAGUACAGUUUUUACAUGGUGUUCAGUCUACAUACGAAACACAUUUUCCAUAAAUACGUGAAUAUAACUCAAGAAAUAUGUCUGCCGGGGGAUAUAAAUUAGAAUUGGACCCUCCAAAACGCAACAUCUUCGUUACACAGUUGCACGAAAGAGAGGAAGAUGACGAAAUACGAGCUAUACCCAUUGUUAAGGAGUCUGCGGGACAGCUCAUUGAGACUGGCAUCAAUUCUAUGCAAAAAACGCUGCUCCUCAAGCGAGAAGUGGAUGUGGAGAAAGUUCAUGAUUUGUUGAAUCAGAAAAGAAAUGAAUUCCAUGACAGGAUGGCUGAAGCCUCACAGAGACAAAUUGAAGUGCAGAAGAAGCAGCAAAAGAUGAAAGACAGGGUUGCAAAGUUUGAAAAAUUUAUUAAAGAAAAUGAAGCGAAGAGAAGACGUGCCAUACAGAAAUAUCAAGCUGAAGUUAAGCUACGGGAACAGAAAAUCAUAGAAUAUGAACAGAUUUUGAAGGAGCUUGAAGAAGUCCGGCACAGACAUACUUUUCUCAAACGCCAACUUGCCAAGUAUAAAAAAUAUGAGGAGUAUCUGUUGAAAGUUAUUGAGCAUCUUCCAGAUAAUUACCUUGAAGUGAAUGACAGUAUGCUAGCUUCCUUGAUGGCCAGAUAUCGUACCCUCAGCUCUACAAACAAAACCCUGAUGGACAACCUAUUGGACAAAUCUGAUGGGUAUGAUGACACCAAAAGAGCACUAGAUGAGAUGCGACAGGAACACAACAAGGAAAAGUUUGGUAUCAACAACAAAUUAUCUCACAUGCAGAAAAAACAAGAAGACCAGCAAGAUGUCAAUCAACAACUAGAAACAAACUACGCUAUGGAUACCGAUGUAUUACGUAAUCAAAGGACUGAAUUUGGUAUGAUCCUGAUGUCUAUUGAGAAUCUAGCAGAGAAAUGCAAGAGACAAUUAGGGCCAUCUAUACAUAAUCUCACUCUAGCACAGAAACUGGAUGCUAUAAAGGAGUAUGUGGUCGAGAGAGCAGAUAUAGUUAAAAUGUCACAAAGACUGAAAACUUCUAGUCCAGAUCCUGAUCGACAGAGGAGUGGAAGAAAAAAAAGAUCAGACCCAUAUACACAAUUUAAUAGAGUAGAUUUUGCUGACUGAGUAAGCCUUACUGACUAGAUUCCUACCAGUAUUGCUAAAUAUGAAGCUAGGAGAUAUCUUCCUUCAAUGCCUGUGUAAUGGAUUAUACGAUCUGUAGUGCCACAUGUUGGUUGUGUAUGAACC